AUGUCCGCUCAACUACCCACCCUUCGGAUAUUCUGGCGCCAAUGCCUGGGAACACCCGCUCGGACUGGUUUCCAGCAGAAUUUGAAAACAUCAUGGCGGUACUUCAACUCUAGUGCGCCUCACAGCAAAGCCAAAGGCGUGCCCCGAACCAUCGAUCCUGCCUGGCAGGCUUCGGGCCCUCAGGGCAACAAGAAUCCCCGGGCGCUUGCAAAGCUCCAAACCAAAGUCCUCCAUGGAGGCGAAGUUCUGCUCUUCAAGGCUCCUUCCCACCGCGCCUACGUCCUAACCGCGUUCGGCCUGUCCGGGUUCUGCUUCGCCUACUCUCUUUACAAUUCCAAUGCGACCUUCGUGGAUCCCAUUGUUCAAAUCCCAAUGUGGCAAAAGUCUCUCUUUGGUGGAAUCUGUGUGGUGAUGAGUGUCAUGGGAACCUUGUUCAUUACCCGAACUGGGUUCCUAGUGAAAAACAUCAAGGCCGUGAACUCCGACGGGCGCAUGCGCGUACUGUUUUCAGUGAGAAGCUUCAUGCCGUUCAAGAAGCCAUACCAGGUUGAGGUCGCACCGGGAGAUAUCUCCUUCAAGCGCAGAUUGACCGUGUCUCCAGAGACCGCGAAGCGGUAUGAACUGGACAACAGGAGGAUCGGUGGAGGCUUGCAGGAACCCCCGCAGUUCUUCAAGUCUCCCGUCAGUGCACUUAGCUACAAGCUCUGGAGAACUUUCCAGGCCAUGCGCCAAGUCUUCACAAAUGAAGACUUCAUCAUCGUUCAGCUGGCUGGGCGCAAGGCUCAAUAUCGACUGGACUCCAAUGGAUACGUAUCGGAUGAUCUCCUGCACUUUGGUCGCAUGGUGAAUAUGAAGAUGCCUUUCAGAGAUUGA